AUGGCUACCAGUGCUGUGCCAAGUGAGAACCUGCCCACUUACAAAUUAGUGGUGGUUGGAGAUGGGGGUGUCGGGAAAAGUGCCCUCACCAUUCAGUUUUUCCAGAAAAUCUUUGUGCCAGAUUAUGACCCAACGAUCGAAGAUUCCUAUCUGAAGCACACAGAGAUAGAUGGGCAAUGGGCAAUCCUGGAUGUUGCAAGGUUUCCUUUGAGAUGGACCCCCAUACGCCUUUCCCAACUCCCAGCAGAGGAAGCAAUUUUUGGGGCUCCAGGGAAUCUAAUGAAUGGCUGGUGUAGAAGAAGAUCUGCUUGGUCAACAUCCAUGAAGGGGUCAGAAGCCCAUCGCUUUGGGAAAGAGGAACCGGUUGGCAUCCCUGGGGAGGUCAAGGUGGACGUGGAUGCCCUGCUCAAAGACAUUGAGGAACACAACAGGCAGAGGUUUCGUUCGGAUGCUCUUCCUUUGGGGGAACGUCCCUGGCAGACUCUGUUCCACCUGGGAGAGGCCGCUCAGAGAUGGCUGAGACCACAGGACCGCACCAAAGGACAGGUGGUGGACGUGGUCAUCUUGGAGCAGUUUCUACAUGUGCUUCCUUUGGGAAUGCGGGCUUGGGUGAGAGCCAGGAAGCCAAGUACCAGCCAGGAGGCAGCUCAGCUGGCUGAAGCUUACCUGGAGCAACAGUGUCCUAUGGCAUUCCAAGAUGUGGCUGUAUAUUUCACCCAAGAGGAAUGGGACCUUCUAAAUGAGGAGCAAAGAAUAUUGUAUUACACAGUCAUGCAAGAAAAUUCUGAGAACAUAACCUCUUUAGGUAAGGGUUCCUGUAAGAUCAAGGAAUCCUUUCUGAAGCUGUCAACUCUAUUUUGCUUAUAUAACAGUCCUUAUUGA